AUGGUAAAACUAUCGACCACCUUCCUCCUCCUCGCCGUCGGGAUCCAGAGCGUCCUCGGCGCACCCACCACCUCGCCCGCUGGCGCUAACAGCACGCUCCAGAAGAGAGCCAAAUGCGCGAAUGUGCGUGUCCGUAAGGAAUGGCGCGACCUAACCGUCGACGAACGCAUCGACUACACCCGCGCCGUCAAGUGCCUGAUGGAGACGCCCUCCACGGCUACGCGCGAGGGUGUCGUCUCGCGCUUUGAUGAAUUCCAAGCGUGCCAUAUCGAUUUGACGAAUCAGGUUCAUCAAGUCGGACACUUCCUCGCUUGGCACCGACACUUCUUGACUCUCUACGCCAACGCGAUGCGCGAUGAGUGUGGGUACCAAGGUCCCGCUACGUACUGGGACUGGUCUCGCGACGCCGACGGGCCAGGACUGAUGGCCGACUCCCCCGUCUUCGACCCCGUCACCGGUUUCGGCGGUAACGGCGUCCCAGGCACCUACACCCCGCCUCCCAACACGAACCCAGGCUUCCCCGGGUUCCCUCAACCUACGGGUACGAACCCCGGUUUCCCGGGCUGGCCCGCCCCAGCCCCAGCGCCCACCACCACCGGUGCACCUCCAGGCGGCGGCUUCCCAGGGUUCCCCGGCGGCGGCUUCCCCGGCUUCCCCGAGCAAGGCUGCGUCGAUACGGGUCCCUUCAGCAACAUCACCGUCAACCUGGGACCUGGCACCGCCAUCGGGCCUCACUGUUUGUUGAGGGGUAUUAAUGAAGGCAUGAAGAGUAGUCUGACGAGUGCGAAUGUGGAUAUUGUGAUGCAGCAGACCGAGUUUGAGGUGUUUAGGACCGUGCUUGAGAAUGGUGGACGGGGGAGUGCGGGGAUGGGGAUUCAUGGUGGCGGGCAUGGGGUUGUGGGUGGGGAGAUGAUGGAUCCGUUUUCGAGUCCUGCUGACCCCCUCUUCUACCUCCACCACGGCAACCUCGAUCGUAUCUGGUGGAAAUGGCAGAACGCGGACCCUGAGAACAGGAUGUACGCCAUCUCUGGCCCGACGACGCAGCGUCCGCCUUUCACUCAGGUAACCCUCGACUUUGUGAUGCCGUUCACUACGCUGCUUAAGCCAGGCGAGGAGGUGACCGUGCGGGACGUGAUGGAGACCGACGGCGAGCUUGGGUGCUUCACGUAUGCUGAUUAA